AUGAAGCUGCUUCUUUCUCUGACUCUCAUCUGGGUGCUCUCCAGCACAGGUGAAGCACUUGAGUGUGAAACUUGCACAAAUGCUAACUGUUCAACCACAGCAGCAGUUACAUGUGUAACAGAGACGAUGUGUAUCACAGCUUCCAUUCAAGCCAAUUCAUCUGGGACUACUGGACAGCAAAUCUACAAGGCCUGUGCACCCCCCUCCCUGUGUCCAUCCACAGGCUCUCAGACAUUUUCAGUUAACUUGGGUGUUUCGAGUUCACUUGCAAGUGCUACAUGCUGCAGCACAGACAACUGCAACUCCGUCACUCUGCCUUACCCUGUGGUUCCAGCAGAUAACAGUCUACUGUGUCACGUUUGUGACCCCAUCACCUCUGAUUGCAGCCUUUCAAUACAAUGUAAGGGAACAGAGGAUCGCUGCUUUCAAGCCAGUGUGACAAAUGGGGCCGGCACCUCUCCAGCCUUUGGCUGUGCAUCUUUAAAUCUGUGUGCAGCUGCUACCAUCCUGGGGACACUGCCUUUCAUGCAAAAUGUUGGUAUCAUUACCAGUGGACCAGCCUGUUGUGGGACUAGUUUGUGUAACACUCUAACUACUACAACCACUACCCCAACAACCACAACCCCAACAACAACAACUACGACCCCAACUAAAACAACCACUACCACGAACCCCAACGACACAACAACCACUACCCCAACAACAACAACCACUACCCCAACUACAACAACCACUACCCCAACAACCACGACCCCAGCUACAACAACCACUACCCCAACUACUACAACCACUACCCCAACUACAACAACCACUACCCCAACUACAACAACCACUACCCCUACUACAACUACCACUACCCCAACUACAACAACCACUACCCCAACUACUACAACCACUACCCCAACGACCACGACCCCAACGACCACGACCCCCACUACAACAACCACUACCCCAACUACAACAACCACUACCCCAACUACAACUACCACUACCCCAACUACAACAACCACUACCCCAACUACAACAACCACUACCCCAACUACAACAACCACUACCCCAACUACAACAACCACUACCCCAACUACAACAACCACUACCCCAACUACAACAACCACUACCCCAACUACAACUACCACUACCCCAACUACAACUACCACUACCCCAACUACAACAACCACUACCCCAACUACAACAACCACUACCCCAACUACAACAACCACUACCCCAACUACAACAACCACUACCCCAACUACAACAACCACUACCCCAACUACAACAACCACUACCCCAACUACAACUACCACUACCCCAACUACAACUAACACUACCCCAACUACAACAACCACUACCCCAACAACCACGACCCCAACGACAACAACCACUACCCCAACUACAACAACCACUACCCCAACAACCACUACCCCAACUACAACAACCACUACCCCAACUACUACAACUACUACCCCAACUACAACAUCCACUACCCCAACUACUACAACCACUACCCCAACAACCACAACCCCAACAACAACAACUACGACCCCAACUACAACAACCACUACCACGACCCCAACGACAACAACUACUACCCCAACAACCACGACCCCAACGACAACAACCACUACCCCAACUACAACAACCACUACCCCAACAACCACAACCCCAACUACAACAACCACUACCCCAACUACUACAACAACUACCCCAACUACUACAACCACUACCCCAACAACCACAACCCCAACAACAACAACCACUACCCCAACAACCACAACCCCAACGACAACAACCACAACCACGACCCCAACGACAACAACCACUACCCCAACUACAACAACCACAACCACAACUCCAACGACAACAACCACUACCCCAACUACAACAACCACUACCCCAACAACCACGACCCCAACUACAACAACCACUAGCCCAACUACUACAACCACUACCCCAACUACAACAACCACUACCCCAACGACAACAACCACUACCCCAACAACAACAACCACUACCCCAACUACAACAACCUCCACCCCAACUACAACAACCACUACCCCAACAACAACAACCACUACCCCAUCAACAACAACCACUACCCCAACUACAACAACCACUACCCCAACUACAACAACCACUACCCCUACUACAACUACCACUACCCCAACUACAACAACCACUACCCCAACUACUACAACCACUACCCCAACGACCACGACCCCCACUACAACAACAACUACCCCAACUACAACAACCACUACCCCAACUACAACUACCACUACCCCAACUACAACAACCACUACCCCAACUACUACA